AGAACUUUAAGGCUCCCCCUACCAAAGGAGAACACCAUAUAAAAAGGAGAAAAAAAAAAAAAAACUAUUCAGAGCUGAAGAUCUGCGAGCAAAUUGCCCGCGUUUGCACCUCCUCCCAGCAUCCUGCUUGCUCUCACCACUCAGACUUAGAGAAACGAAACUAGAAAUUAAUUUGUCAGUGGCACUUCCUGGAGCACAGCUGCAUAGCCAUGGCCCAAGAGGCACCACCGGCUGGUGGCCCAGUCCCUGCUGAGGACGGUCAGGCUCUAGAAAUAAUGGAGAAAAGGGUCUGUGCCUUCUGCCCCGAAGACCACGACUGGAAUGUGAUAUACUGCGCACGAUCAGAGAAUCUAGCUGCUCAUGAAAACUGUUUGCUGUAUUCAUCAGCACUGGUGGAAUGUAAAUCUCAUAGUAGCUGCCCUAGUAAAGCCAGAAAUUUUGAUGUGACAUCAGUGAAAAAAGAGUUCAGGAGAGGAAGAAGAUUGACUUGCAAACUUUGUAAUAAAAAAGGAGCCACUGUGGGAUGUGAAAAAAAAACCUGUAAUAAGAAUUACCACUUUUUCUGUGCCAAGAAAGACAACUCAGUUCUACAAGUUGACGCAGUUAAAGGAACUUAUGGAUUGUUUUGCCAACAACAUGCUCCAGAACUACCAGGGACCAGUCAAAGUGCUGAGGGCCCAAGCUUGCAAAAGAAGAGAGGAAGGAAGAAACAUCUCCCAUCAAGCAUCCCUGAACAGCCAACAAACAUGAAGUUUAGUAGAUUCAAGAAACGCAUGACAGAAGAGGCCCCCGACCACAAAGAUGCAACUGCCAAAGUUCCUUUUAUUAAGAAAUGCAAGGAAGCGGGACUUCUUAAUGAAUUAUUUGAAGGGAUACUAGAAAAACUUGAUUCAAUUCAAGAAAAGCUCCUGAAUGAGACCGCUUCAGAAUCAGACUAUGAAGACAUUGAAACUUUACUAUUUGACUGUGGAAUGUUUGAAGACACAUUAAUAAAAUUCCAAGAAGCAAUAAAGAGUAAAGCUUGUGAACAGGAAGAAAUGCAGAGGCAGCUGAAGCAGCAGAUGAAGGCACUUGGGAACUUAGAACAAAUCUUCUGCUCAUUUCAAGAAAAUGGAGACCUGAGCCACUCAAGUUCUACUUCAAGAGUCUCGCCUUCUUCCGUGUUCGAAUCCGAGGACUCCUGACUGAAAUGCAAGUAGGCUCAGAAGACAGGCUGUGACAGAUGCAUAAGUUUCCCUCCCCGUCACCUGCUACUGCUCAUGGCUAUUUUAUACCUGACUGGGUGUUACUUGUCACCUCUCGUCAUCUCACUUGUCCUCCUUUCUCCUUGUUAGUAAAAACUGUUCCUCAGGUCAACUGGAUCAGCUGAGAACAGAUCUUCCCAUGUAUUCGCCAAGGAACAAGGAAGUCUUAUGUAUUGGUUGAUGCCUUACCUACUCACCCCAGUCAACUGCAGCAAUACCAGAGCCUUUGCACUUCCUGCUGUGAAAUCUUAGAACUUUUCCUUGCCUCUGCUUGCCCUCCAGGUCUCACAGUAGUCUCCUCUCAGUAUUAGUAACUCCAUUACAACAGGGCAGAAACUCAUUCCCAUGGUUUGCUUACUGUUAACCUGGGUUCCUGCUCACUACAUUUCCAAGACUUAGCGCACUCAAUAAAUAUUUGUAAAAUACACUGUA